CAAGAAGCAGAAGACGACCCCAGCUUUCUGGUGAUGGCAUGGACCAGACACUUUUCCAGCAGCUGUUCUACCUACCUCUCGGUCCUGUCACCGUCCAGCAUCCCUAAAGUGCCAAGGCACAAGACUGAUGCAGAGCCACUCUUAGCAACCCAGCCAUGGCCGGAGAUUCUAGGAUCUUCAUGAACCAGGACAUGGACAUCGGAGUUGUAUCCAGAGAGCCUAAGAAGAUUCCCAAACAGGCUCGGGAUGACGUCCCCAUUGCCACUGACCGAACCCGCCUCAUAUCAGCAGAAGGUAAGAAGCCACGCCAGCGUUACAUGGAGAAAAGUGGCAAGUGCAAUGUACACCAUGGAAAUGUCCAAGAAACCUACCGAUACCUUAGUGACCUCUUCACUACUCUGGUGGACCUCAAAUGGCGUUUUAAUCUUCUUGUCUUCACUAUGGUCUAUACCAUCACUUGGUUGUUUUUUGGGUUCAUAUGGUGGCUCAUUGCCUAUAUCCGGGGAGACCUGGACCAUCUUGAAGAUGAAAACUGGAUCCCCUGUGUUGAAAACCUCAGUGGAUUUGUUUCUGCAUUUCUGUUUUCUAUUGAGACUGAGACAACAAUAGGGUAUGGCUAUAGGGUCAUAACGGAGAAGUGCCCAGAGGGCAUUGUACUGCUCCUGAUCCAGGCUAUUCUGGGCUCCAUUGUCAAUGCGUUCAUGGUGGGAUGCAUGUUUGUCAAGAUCAGCCAACCAAAGAAGAGAGCUGAAACCCUCAUGUUUUCUAACAAUGCGGUGAUUUCCAUGAGGGAUGAGAAGCUCUGUCUCAUGUUCCGUGUUGGAGACCUCCGCAAUUCCCACAUUGUCGAGGCUUCCAUUAGAGCCAAACUGAUUAAGUCCAAACAGACCAAAGAGGGAGAGUUCAUCCCCUUGAACCAAACAGACAUCAAUGUGGGAUUUGACACUGGAGAUGACAGGUUGUUCCUGGUGUCACCUCUUAUCAUCUCACAUGAAAUCAACGAGAAAAGCCCCUUCUGGGAGAUGUCUCGCACCCAACUGGAGAAGGAAGAAUUUGAAAUUGUGGUCAUCCUGGAAGGAAUGGUGGAAGCAACAGGGAUGACUUGCCAGGCUCGCAGCUCCUACAUGGACACUGAGGUGCUGUGGGGACAUCGCUUCACUCCUGUCCUCACCCUGGAGAAGGAUUUUUACGAAGUUGACUACAACAGCUUCCAUAGCACUUACGAGACCAACACUCCUGUGUGCUGUGCCAAAGAGCUGGCUGAGUCUCGCCGGGAAGGCCAGCUCCUCAGCCACCUCUCCAGUGCCACCUUCCUGAGCGGGGGCAGAGAAGCAGAGACAGCAAGAGGGGAAGAAGAGGAAGAAGACGGGGAGCCUGCAGGAAUGAAUGGAGCCAAUGGGACAGCAGGAGAGGUGAAAGAAGAUCUGCCUGUAUAACACAAGAACUGCUGGACAGUAGAUAACCACAUACACUUACUGGGAGGCUGUGGCCCAGCAAGUCAGGAACUGGCUGGGA